UCCAGUCCAGUCAGACCCAGCCUGGGAGGCUUGUGAGCCGGGCCUUUCGUAAUUGCCCCCCUCCCCGCGGCCCCCUCCCCCAGGCCUCCCCCUUCUCCCGCCCUCCCGCCCGCCCUCUCUCCCUCCCUCCUUCCCUCUCCGCGACGAGGCGGCAAUUACGCUUUGGGGAUAAAACGAGGCGCAGAGAGCGGGCUGGGCCAUUCCUCCCCGAGAUGGCGGGUCUGAGAGCUGCAACCCUGCGGCCCGGAGUCCUCCUGCUCCUGCUGGCCAUCGCCCACCCCUCACAGCCUGGAGGGGUCCCGGGGGCUGUUCCUGGUGGAGUUCCUGGAGGCGUGUUUUACCCAGGUGCUGGUCUCGGAGGUCUGGGAGGAGGAGCUCUGGGGGCUGGAGGCAAACCACCCAAGACUGGGGCUGGACUCCUGGGGGCGUUCGGGCCAGGUGCUGGUGGGCUCGCAGGCGCUGGCCUGGGGGCAGGGCUCGGGGCCUUUCCCGCAGGCACCUUCCCAGGGGCUCUGGUGCCCGGCGGAGCGGCGGGAGCUGCUGCGGCCUAUAAGGCAGCCAAGGCUGGGGCUGGGCUGGGCGGUGUCGGUGGCCUUGGUGGCGUCGGCGGCUUAGGAGUGUCUACAGGUGCGGUGGUGCCUGGGGCUGGAGCCGGGGUCGGAGUCGGAGCUGGAGCAAAGCCUGGGAAAGUGCCUGGCGUGGGGCUGCCCGGCGUCUACCCAGGCGGAGUGCUCCCAGGCACAGGAGCUCGGUUCCCGGGUGUAGGGGUGCUCCCUGGGGUUCCCACUGGAACUGGAGUCAAGGCCAAGGCCCCAGGUGGAGGCGGAGCUUUUGCUGGAAUCCCAGGAGUUGGACCCUUUGGGGGCCAGCAGCCUGGCGUCCCACUGGGGUACCCCAUCAAGGCACCCAAGCUGCCAGGUGGCUAUGGACUGCCGUACAGCACUGGGAAACUGCCCUUUGGCUACGGGCCGGGAGGAGUGGCUGGUGCUGCAGGCAAGGCUGGGUACCCGACGGGGACAGGAGUGGGCUCCCAGGCUGCAGCGGCAGCAGCUAAAGCAGCAAAGUUCGGUGCCGGAGGAGCCGGGGUUCUCCCUGGUGUUGGAGGCGGCGGCAUUCCCGGUGGGCCCGGCGCAAUUCCUGGGAUUGGAGGCAUCGCAGGGGUGGGGACUCCAGCUGCUGCAGCCAAGGCCGCCGCAAAAGCAGCUAAGUAUGGAGCUGCUGGAGGCGUGGUGCCCGGUGGGCCAGGCUUUGGCCAAGUAGGCAUCCCAGGAGUUGGAGUCCCAGGUGUUGGGGUCCCUGGUGUUGGGGUCCCUGGUGUUGGGGUCCCUGGUGUUGGAGUUCCAGGUGUUGGAAUCCCAGGUGUUGGAGUCCCAGGUGUGGGUGUACCAGGGGCUGUGUCACCAGCUGCAGCUGCUAAAGCAGCCGCCAAAGCAGCCAAAUACGGGGCCAGAGCCGGAGUGGGAGUUGGAGGCAUUCCCACUUUCGGGGUUGGUGCUGGGGGCUUUCCUGGUUACGGUAUAGGAGCUGGAGUCGGAGGGGUUCCUGGAGCCGCGCUUACCCCCACAGCUCAAGCAGCAGCGGCUGCCCAGGCAGCCGCGGCCAAGGCAGCCAAGUAUGGUGCUGGAGGCGCUGGAGCCUUGGGAGGGCUGGUGCCGGGGAUCGGAGACGGAGUGGCAGGUGUCCCAGGCACAGGAGGUGUGCCAGGAGCAGGGACCCCAGCCGCGGCAGCUGCCAAAGCCGCCGCCAAAGCCGCCCAGUUUGGGCUAGGCCCCGGGGUCGGCGUGGGUCCUGGUGUGGGUCCCGGCGUGGGUCCCGGCGUGGGUCCCGGCAUUGGCAUUGGCCCCGGCGGUGUUGCAGGAGCAGGGACCCCCGCUGCAGCCAAAGCGGCUGCUAAGGCAGCCGCCAAAGCCCAGUACCGGGCUGCAGCCGGACUUCCUGCCGGCGUUCCUGGCUUUGGGGUUGGUGCCGGCGUUCCCGGAUUCGGAGUUGGUGCUGGUGUUCCUGGGUUUGGAGCUGGUGCAGUCCCUGGAACCCUGGCCGCAGCUAAAGCAGCCAAAUAUGGAGCUGGAGGGGCCGGGGCUCUCGGAGGAGCAGGCAUCCCAGGCGGUGUGGCAGGAGUCGGACCUGCGGCCUCAGCCGCUGCUGCCAAAGCCGCCGCCAAAGCCGCCCAGUAUGGCCUCGGGGGAGCCGGAGCCCUGGGAGCCGGGGGGCUCGGAGCCGGAGGAGCCAUCCCAGGGGUUGGGGGCUUUGGAGGUGUGUCCCCAGCCGCAGCUGCUAAAGCAGCCAAAUAUGGUGCCGCUGGCCUUGGAGGUGUCCUGGGAGCCACCAGGCCAUUCCAAGUUGGAGGAGUUGCAGCAAGACCCGGCUUCGGACUGUCCCCUAUUUACCCAGGUGGCACAGCUGGGGGCCUGGGCAUUGGUGGCAAACCUCCCAAGCCCUAUGGAGGGGCCCUGGGAGCCCUGGGAUACCAAGCUGGGGCCUGCCUGGGGAAAUCCUGUGGCCGGAAGAGAAAGUGAGCUUCCCAGGACCCCUGACUCACGACCUCAUCAACGUUGGUGCUACUGCUUGGUGGAGAAUGUAAACCCCUUAUGACCCCUUCCCCCGUCGCCCCUCCCCAGUCCCCACCCCAGGAGGGGACAGGCCAGGCUGGGUGGCCUUGGAAAUCCACAAAGCGAGGAAACAAGAAUGAUGGCCAAGCAGGCCCCAGGAGGCCCCCCUGGCUUCAGAGGCCAGGGGUGGGUGGGCUUAGCCCCCUGCCCCCACCCCCUUCCCACCCAGGAGCUCCCCCUCCAUACACUCUCCAUCUCCAGGGGAACUUGGUGCUACAUGCUGGUGCUCUCAUCUUCCUGGGGGGGAGGGAGGAGGGAAGGGCAGCCCCUUGGGAACCCCCUCCCCAGGGCUCCUCUGAAGAUGGUGCGGACACUCCCCGGGCAGUCCCACCUCCCCCCUGCCCAUCAGGAACCCCCACCCCCCACCCCGGCUGCGGUCCAGUUGGUACCCAGGCACCUAAAGGCUCAAGCUGGAUUCGGUCAUACCACCUCUCAGCCCCCACCCCUGACUUACUCCCCAAGUCUGGGACACCUGCGGAUGGGAAGACCACCCCCCGCAACAUUGGGAACAGCCUUCUUGCUCUUGUGGAAUUCAUCCAGCCAUCUGUCCAUCCGUCCAUCCAUCCUUGUCCCCAGCUGACCGCCCAGCACCGCUACCUGGCUGGGGGCCCCCACCAUCAGCCUGUUUAACCAGUCCGGACGGCCUGUGCCCCUCCUCCACCCCUCCCCACACCCCCUACGGUGGGGCCCGAGUACCCAGGGUGCGAGGAGCACGCCAGCUGGGGCAGCAGGAAUCUCCUCCCCGACCUGGGUCCCCCCCAUGCAGUACUGUAUCCCCCGACCCUCCCUCGAACCCUUGUUUUGGGAGCAUUUCCCACCCGUGCCCCGCCCGUCUCUUUGUGUCUCGCUGUGAUAGAUCAAUAAAUAUUUUAUUUUUUGUCCUGGA